AUGCUGAGACUGUCAUAUCGAAAGCUAUGCGCACGUAUGAAUGGAGGUGGCGAAAUGAUGUCUUUUUCCCAAAUUAGUAGUUUUCAUUCUAGUCAGACUUCUUUGUCACCAAGAAGCUUCUUUGGCGUGGAGGAUUUUCUCGAUGAUGACAAUAGCCGACCCUACACUUACCAAAAGGAGAAAAAAUCCAAGACUCCAAACAAGCACGUUUCUUUUAAGCAACGAACUGUAGCCUACAUGGAGCCAUUCACGCUCGAUGUUUUCAUCUCAAAACGAUUUGUGUCGGCCUCAAUAACCCACCGGGUGACUUGCAAGCAGGUUGCUGUUGCCGGUACCAACUCAAAAGAUAUUAAGGCUGCACUCAAAUCUCGUUCGGAUAUACCCGCUUGUUUGGCCGUGGGCCGGAUUCUUUCAGAUAGGGCCCGGGAAGCUGAUGUGUACACGGCUUCUUAUACUCCGAGGGAAAGGGAUAAGUUUGAAGGGAAAAUUAGGGCGGUUGUUCAGUCACUCAUCGACAAUGGUAUUGAUGUCAAGAUAUAUCUUGAUUGA